UCUUCUGUGUUUCAAGAUUUUUCUGGGUCGUUUCCAGGGCAAUAUUCCCAAUCAACAAAUCCUCCAGGGGGAAAAAAUGUCUCGAGGAAAUGUAUUUCUGGUGAUUAAUCUGGGCUGUGAGAUGCUCUAUGUGAUUGAUCAGCGUCUGAAGGCACAGUGUGUGAACCUCGAGAAGUCAGCUCAAGUAUUGCGCGAUUUAACUGGAGUCCUGCUUGAUCCCAAAUUUCUCGCGCAACUCAUCAAUUCAACCGAUGGUCCUGGGAACAUCCUCACCAGUCAGCAAUGUCGCCUUCUGAUGUGGGAUAUUGCAUGUUGUUCCCUGAUGCGCCUGGACACGAAUUCCUACGACAAAUUGUGGGAUCUCAUGGUGGUACUAUUUAAGUGGCAAUUGUAUAUUGCAUCAAAUCAGCCAGAAAAACUAAUGGAAAUAACUCUGCGUCAUUUGGAUGGGAUUGGGAAACUCAUGACUGAGAUGAGGAAAUCCAUUCUCAUUGAUUGUGCCAAGAAAACUCUUAUUGAUUAUUGGGAUAUCUUGGGGACUACUGAAAGAAUGGCAAUAAUGAAGUCAUUGGGGAAGUGGCUACGUCCCUUCCGGGUGAAAAUUAGCAUUCUCCUGAGACUGGGAUUGCAGCAAAAUGAUGGGAAAUUCGUUGAAGUGGGAGAUGAUGAUCCUAGACAAUUUUACACAAUGACCAUUGGGGAGAAUAUCUAUGCCAAGAGUGCAAAUGUGGGCAGAAGCCGUUCAUCAGGGCAGCAAACAUCCUUGACAAAUCUUCAAGGUCUUCAAGCCUCAACCAGUGAUCUCACUGCCCUGGCCGAUCAAUUGAUGGUUGUUAGUGAUGAAGGGAUGCAUCAAUCAACCUAUUGCCUCCUAGAUAACAUUAUCCUAAACGACGAGGCAACUGAAGAAGUCCAGAAAGGACCAGAAACUACCCAAAAAUCCCAUGAAUUUGUUCGAAUUACUUCAGAGGACACUAUUGCUCGUCGUCUAGAGGAUUUGGGUUUUUCCUCAACGCAGUCCCCUGUGGAAAUAGCUGAGGCACCGGAACCCACCGCCCAUGAGCAACUCCUACAACUCCUGGACACAGAAACAACUGAAGAUUGAGAAGAAUCAUAUAUAUUCAUAGGUUAAAAUACAUUUUUUUCCUUGAA